CCCCUCCGCCGUUUCCGGAUAGGAACCCUUUGUAAAUUCUUUCCAAGUUGAAGCGUGGGACCAAUUUCGUCAACACAAUCCGGAAUGGUCAACAUGGCGGCAGCUGUAAGAUGCCUCGGUAGAGUCUUGAUACAUCAGCAAAGGUAUAGUCUUUCCAAGAUGGCUUCUCAGACGUCUCUUUAUCCUUGUUCUGUAUAUGUUCCAGUGCCCAACAGACAUUUUGCUGCUGCUACAAGGCCUGCAAAGAAAAAAAAAGGUGCCAAAGAAAAAGCAUCGGAUGAGAAAAAAGAUGAGAUAGAAAAAAUAAAGUCAUAUCCCUUUAUGGAAGGUGAACCUGAAGAUGAUGUCUACCUAAAACGCUUAUAUCCAAGGCAGAUAUAUGAGGUGGAGAAAGCUAUUCACUUACUUAAGAAAUUUCAAGUUCUGGACUUUACUAAUCCAAAGCAAGGUGUCUAUCUUGAUUUGACACUGGAUAUGGCACUGGGGAAGAAGAAAAAAGUGGAUCCGUUUGCCAGUGUUCUUAGUUUGCCAUACCCAUUUGUUUCAGAGACCAGUAAAGUUGCUGUAUUUACAGGGAAUGCAUCAGAGAUAAAAAUAGCAGAAGAAAAUGGAGCUGCAUUUGCAGGAGGAACUAAUCUGAUUCAGAAGAUUUUGGAUGAUGAAAUUCAACCAGACUUUUAUGUAGCUGUUCCAGAAAUAAUGCCGGAGCUUAGUCCAUUAAGGAAGAAACUGAAAAAAAGAUUUCCUAAGCUUACUCGAAAUUCCAUUGGCCGAGACAUCCCCAAAAUGCUUGAAUUAUUUAAAACUGGACAUGAAAUUAAGGUAGAUGAAGAAAGGGAGAACUUUCUGGAGACCAAAAUAGGAACACCCUCUCACUGUUGUGGCCUUUCCCGUUGCGGAGCACAGGCUCGGGACGCGCAGGCUCAGCGGCCGUGGCUCACGGGCCCAGCCGCUCUGCGGCAUGUGGGAUCUUCCCGGACCGGGGCACAAACCCGUGUCCCCUGCAUCGGCAAGCGGAUUCUCAACCACUGCGCCACCAGGGAAGCCCCUUCUUUUUUUUUUUUAAUUGAAACUGAUAUUUAUGCAGAUAUUUGAGUUAGAAUAUGAUUGAAAUCCACAUAAAACCAUUUAUCUAGGGAAAUAUUACUUCACAUUUCACUUUAUAGAACAUUAAAAAUGAAUAAGUACAAAGAAGAAUGACUUCUGCAUACCAGCUUUUGUAU